GUUUUGUUUUUACGACUUUUGGUCUCGUUUUACUCCCGUGUUGUUGUUGCUGCUUUUCUGCUAUCCAAGCAACAGUAACUUCGCCUCCUCUCUCUGGACUUGAACUCGAACUCUUUGGACGUUUUUAAAUUAUUCGACGGACGGUCUGAGGCGCUGUUUUAUGAUUAAAUAAAAAUGUUUCCAUCGUCGGUUUCGUGUUUCCGCGCAGACUCUUGAACGGGCGCAACCGCUUUUUUUUCCGCUUCAAAACUUGGGACCUUCUCUGGUUUAGACCUUCCCCUUGACGUCGUUACUUACUUAUCACAUGUUCCCACCUCGACGCAAGAGUACGGACGGAAAGAAACGCUUAAAACACGACAUUUCCCCAUAGUUUGCACUUUUUACGUUGGCGACGUAACAGGAUACUUGUCGAAGUAAACAUUGCGGUCGGUGACCAUAAAAAUACUUGAAAAUGCUGCUCAUCCUGCUCGGAGUGCUGAUUUUGCACCUGAUCAUCCUCAUCCUUCUCAUCGUGUCCACGGCAGCGAGUGCCUGGACCGUCGGUGGCAAUGUCAGCAAGGACCUGUGGUACAACUGCCUGGCCAAUGAUGUCAUCUACCAGUGCACUCCAGCCAGCGAUGAAGACUGGAUCCAGGCGGUGCAGGCCCUGAUGAUCCUGGCCGUGCUCUUCUGCUUCUUCUCGCUGGUGGCCUUCGUCUUCCAGCUGUUCAAACUGGUGAAGGGCGGUCGCUUCUUCUUCACCGCCAUCUUCCAGAUCUUGGCCAGUCUGUUUGUGAUGUGCGGCGCCAUCAUCUACACGGUGAUGCGGACGGACGAUUUGCCCGGGGCGCAGUUCGGCUACGCCUACGUGCUGGCCUGGGUGGCGUUCCCGCUCUGCCUCAUCAGCGGCCUCAUUUACAUCGUGCUGCGGAAGAAGGAGUGAGGGGGGGGGCAGAGCGCGGCGGAAGAACACGGCGCGGGAGGACAAAGAGCGCCAGGAGGGAGAGGGGGCGUCGCACUGUGCCUACUGCCCACAGACCAACACCAAACGGACUGACAUCACGACGAGAGCGCACGCGUCGCCCAAUUGCGUGUCGCGUUCCAAAGUACAAGAGAUGUACAUAGCGUCUGUGGUUUUUAGACAUAUUUAUAGCAUUUUUACAUUUACGUCUUGUACAUAGUGUUGUUAACAUUGUCUCCUCGUUGUUAAGAAGAGUGUGUGUCUCUCACAUGUCAUGCAGCUGUGCCAAAGAAGUGUCGCUUUGUUCGCCAGAUAUUACGCUCCCUGUUUUGUUGUCCAUUUUUUUCCUUCUAUGCUUUGAAUAAUGUGCCUUAGCUUUUAAAAAAUAUGUUCUUCCCAUAGCAAUUUUUCAAAAAAAUAUUCUGUUACUUGAUUCUCAAAAUGAAGACGUUGCAUUUUGAUAAAAUGCUGCCUUUUAUUAGAAUUUUUUUUUAACUAUUCAUGAAAUGUAUAACCUCUUCCAUGUCUGUGUAUCUACUCAGCAAGCGUGUCAUUCCUGUGAUUCCUUCGUUUCAAGUAUUGUCAGUAUUCUUCUAAAUAAACCUUCACUUGAUUCAAAACAA